AUGCUUGAUGAAUUUGAUAAAACCUGUGGAAAGGUUGGUCUUCGACUAAAUCUCACAAAAACGAUGUUCAUGAAGAAUGGAUUGGUUUCGUAUGCCCCAUUCAUGCUCAGCGAAACGAAUAUCUCCGAAUGCUCCAAUUAUGUCUACCUAGGUCGGGAAAUCAACAUGAUGCACGACUUAGCUCCAGAGUUGAGCAGAAAAGAACUGGCUGCUUGGGGAGCUUUCAAGAGUAUCGAGGAUGUAGUGAAGAGAAUAAAGAAUACCCGACUCCAUUCCCACCUUUUCGACUCAACGGUACUUCCUGUGUUAACGUAUGCGUCAAAAACCUGGUCGAUGCGUAAAGAGGGUGAAAAAUCACUCACCGUCAUCGUACGCGCAUUCGAAAGGACGAUGCUAGGAGUGUCCCGUUUCACACAAGAACGGGAUGGGAUCCGAACGAGACAGUCGAAGAUAAGCUGCCAGUACAAAUACAACGACUGUCCAGCAGGACCACCUGGACCUCCAGGUGAAGCUGGGAUACCGGGUCUAGACGGAAGUCCUGGCCAAGACGGAUCAGCAGGUAUUGGGGGAACGAUUCUACUCUCGAAAGACCCUAUAAGAUGUAUCCAGUGUCCAGCUGGAGCACCCGGUCCUCCUGGCCCAGAUGGAGAUCCUGGUCCGCCAGGAAUAGAUGGUGCCGAUGGACCUCCUGGUCCAAAGGGUCAGGACGGUAAUAAUGGGUUGAUUGGCGACGCUGGAGCGCGUGGACAAAGAGGUAAUCCAGGGGCUCCAGGACCACCCGGAAAACCCGGGCUGAGUGGAAGACGAGGUAUAGGCGCACCAGGACCACCUGGACCACCCGGACCCCAGGGGCCAAUCGGCAAUCCGGGAAAUGACGGAGAAAAUGGGAAAGAUGGGCGAGAUGGCCCACAAGGACCGAUUGGCAGGCCAGGCCGGAUUGGAAAUCCAGGAGAAGACGGUCCUGUAGGCCCACCUGGAGCUGUGGGUGAACCAGGAUCAGACGCAACAUACUGUCCAUGCCCACUUCGCAGCCCGAUCUUCAUUGAGAGCAAUUCGAUCAAAUCCAUUGGUGUUGAUACUGUUAAAAGUUACAAACUACAAUGA